AUGGUGCAACAGAUGAACAACAAUAACAAAAUGUUUGCAACUACUUCACCUCCCUUGAGCAACAGCAGUUCCACUAUAAUACUGCCUUUACCCAAGUUGAAUAGUCCAACAAUCAAUCAAUACAAUCCUCCUCAUAUUCAUCAUCACAAUUCAUUAUGGGAUUAUAAAUUCACAGCUACUACAUCAUCAUCUACUGAGAAUAACUCUUCAACAACAUCACCUUCACCUCCUCCAGUUAGUGAUCCACAAUUACAUUCAAAUUAUACUUUACAAACCCCAAUACCUCAACAACCUUUAUUAUUACCUUCAAUAGCAACAUUACCACCUGCAACUAACAAUUCCUCAAAUUAUAUAUCCCCAUCAAUAACACCACCUUCAAGUCGAUCACAAUCAUUACCAACAUCCAAGAUCAUUAAACCUCAACGUAAAAAGAAACAAUGUCCCGAAUGUCAUUUAUUUUUUUCAAAUUUAUCAACUCAUAAAUCAAUUCACCUAACUCCAGAGAAUAGACCAUACUUGUGCAAGAUUUGUGGUCGAGGUUUUGCGAGAUCAAAUGAUCUCUUCCGUCAUAAUAAACGUCAUUGGAAAGAAACUGGAUCAUCUCAAGGUGCUUUCAAAUGCCCUUUCAGUUCAGUUUUAUAUUCAAAUACAACUGGGUUGAAAUUAAGAGAAACUCCAUGUCAUCCAACUGGGAUAUUCAGUAGGUGUGAUACUUAUAAAAAUCAUUUAAAAGCUUUACAUUUUGAAUAUCCUCCAGGUACAAAAAAGAAAAAUAGAAUGGAUGUUGGUGGGAAUUGUAAAAAAUGUGGUAAAUUUUUUGAAAAUGUUGAAGUUUGGUUAAAUACUCAUGUGGAGAAUAAUGAGUGUGGUUGGCAUUUUGAGUAA